AUGGCCGACGUCAAAGAUACCGCCAUCCAGGAAGCCUAUGACAAAGUCCGCUCGGACAAGGACCCGGCCACCUGGUUACUCCUCGACUACGACUCUCCCACAUCCAACAAGCUCACCUUGACCAAGACCGGAGAAGGUGCCAACUCGAUCGAAGAGCUCGCCGCCGAGCUGAGCGACGAUAAAGCCAGCUUCGGAUACGUCAGGGUCAAGUACCAGAACGAUGAACAGAGUUUCAGGGAAAAGUUUGUGCUGGUGAUCUUUAUCGGGUCGAAUGUCAAGGUCAUGCGCCGGGCAAGGGUCUCGGUCCACGCGGCCGACGUCAAGAACGUCCUCCGGACGUAUAGCAUCGAAGUGAACGCGAGCUCGAAGGACGAUCUCAAGGAGAGCAACGUCGUCUCUCAGCUCAGGAAAGCCGGUGGCGCCAACUACAACCGAUCGAACUUUACAUGA